CAACGAUGCGCGGCAGAAUGAGGUUCGGGUUGCUAACCCGCUUCAUUUUACCGGUUGGUACGGUCAUGUCGAUUCAACAUUUUUGUGGCAAGAACAGCCCUUUGGUCGGAAACACCUCGGGAUAUGACGAAGUUGCUCAGAUAUUUGAUGAUAGGCUGUACGACGUGGAAGCACACCCAUGCGAAGAUUUCUACCAUUUUGCAUGUGGUAAAUAUAACAUGAAUGCGAAAAAAGACUUUUUAUUGAAACUCCUCGAAAAUACGCUUGCAACUCUGGAAGGGCUAUUGACCGAUGAAAGUGGAAUACAAUCUAAAGCGUUCAAUUUGUCAAAGCAUUAUUACAUGAGCUGCUUGCGAAACCAUAAAGAAUGGGAAUCACAUACUGGAUAUAUCCAGACAGUGAUCGGAAAGAUUCGAAAUUUUGGUUAUUUUCCUCUGAUUGAUGCCAAUAUAUCGUACUAUAAUCGAUCAAAUUAUGAACGCGAUUUGGUCGAUCUCCUCAUCUACUUCAAUAAAAACGGAUUAACAACCGAAUUUUUGAUGCCAAUGUUUUCCUUCCGUGAUAACGACACUACCAUCAUGCAAUUCUCUUCAAGAAUCGCCUACACCUUCCAUCAAAAUCUCAAACUGGCUAUUGCCUUAUGCAUAAGGACGAAUUCGACUUGUUAUUUACAAAAACUAUUAAAAGAUGUAGCUAAUAUGUGUUUUCUGGCUCUAUAUAUAGACGAUCAUCUCUUCAUGGCAGAUCUACAGCCAACAACGCUUGGAAAAUUGAAUGAAAGUUACUCAUCGGUUGACUUGUUCAAAUAUUUGGCCGAUAUAAGUCCGCUAGAAGUCCGACAUCUUUUCCAAGAUACUCUUCUAGUCGAGGCUCCUCCUCUCGAAACAAUAAAGCGGUUUGACGCUGAGCUGAAAAGGAUUCCUAAAAUUGUUAUCGUAAACACCAUUAUAAGCCAUUUCGUCUUCAACUCUUAUCGUCACCUGGAUGUACGUUUCCAUACGUUGUCGACUCGAGGAAAUGAGAGCGGAGAGCUGAUUAAAUUCGAUUUGAAAAAACUGACGGAGUCAUCGUGCUUCCUGAAAACGCAAGAGAAGUUCGGUCAAGCACUGCUUGCAAGCUAUGCCAGUGCUGCCGACGGACAUGAAACGCAAAAAGUGAUGCAGAAGAUCUAUAAUCACUUGAAGGAUGCCUUUAUUGAAAUGAUCAAUGAGAAGCAUCACUGGAGCAGCAAAAUAAAAGAGAGGUUUCUGAAGAAAAUGGAAAAAAUGGGAAUAAACCUUGGAUUCACCGACGUCGCUGUAGGAAAUUUAGAGGAUUUAGACAAGCUUUAUUUUAAGUAUCUUCGCGUGGAAAACGUAUAUGGCCUGCACUUUUCGGAUAUGGAAGAUAUCUUCAACAGAAUUUCCCUCGUUUAUGACUUUGCUACGUUACAUAACAUCACGGCUGCCGAAGAUCAUCGAAAAAGAAUAGAGGAUAUCUUUCUGGAUGUAUUGAAUGCCUUUUACAAAGCUACUGUUAACAGCUUGGUGAUCUCACCGACUUUGCUACAGUUACCUCUAUAUUCACCACGCUUUCCCAGAUUUUACAAGUUUGGAUGCGUAGGUUUUGUUAUUGCUCAUGAGUUCAUGCACGCAUUUGGAAAACAUGCAAUGCGUAAUGAGUACGGCAAGCUAGACAAUAGUUUACCAGAAGAUUUUCUUAGAAAGCAUAUUUUGAACAUGGCGCUUAUGCAAACAAUGUAUGAAGAACCCCUGAAGAAAUUAGGCUACUCUGAAGACAAAAUGCAUAGAACUACAGAGGAAAAUUUUGCCGAUACUCAAGGAAUGAAGUUAAUUUACAAGGCUUAUCAGAAUGCGAAGAAAGAAGGCCCGGAACCACGCCUCAAAAGCAUACCUUAUUUCAGCGAAGACCAGCUAUUUUUCUUAGCUACUGCUCAAUUUUGGUGUGCUCCUAUAAAGAAGAUUGUGACCCGAGAGAUGUUUUUGCAGGAUCAAUUCGACAGUCAUUCUCCAGAUGUACUGCGGGUCAAUGUGGUGCUUGGAAAUAUGCCCGAAUUUAGUAAGGCAUUUCACUGUGCCCCGAACACUCCAAUGAACUCAGCAGUACAGCGACACCAAGUAUUUCUUUGAUUUGACUUUGCGAA